AUGCGGCCCCAACGUGAAUAUCAUAUUGUUGUGCUGGGAGCAGGUGGAGUCGGAAAGAGUUGUUUGACUGGUAUCCAUCCCUCGGUGUUCCCGGCUGCGCUUUUGCGGAUGAAGGGUAUCUUGCGACCCAAUUCAGACACUGAUCAAUUCACAGCUCAAUUCGUCCAGAAUGUCUGGAUCGAAAGCUACGACCCGACCAUCGAGGACUCAUACCGUAAACAGAUCGAGGUAGAUGGCAGACAAUGCAUACUCGAGAUUCUUGACACCGCUGGAACGGAACAAUUCACGGCCAUGAGAGAACUGUACAUGAAGCAAGGCCAAGGCUUCCUCCUCGUCUUCUCCAUCACCAGCAUGUCCUCCUUAAACGAACUCUCUGAACUCCGGGAACAAAUCAUCCGGAUCAAAGACGACGAGAAAGUUCCCCUCGUAAUCGUCGGCAACAAAUCCGACCUCGAGGAAGACCGUGCCGUGCCUCGUGCCCGCGCCUUUGGGCUGUCUCAAAACUGGGGCAAUGCCCCUUACUACGAGACCUCUGCCCGGCGCCGCGCGAACGUGAACGAAGUCUUCGUCGACCUCUGCCGCCAGAUCAUCCGCAAGGACCUCCAAGGGUCCAGCGGUAACAGCGACAAUUCCCGCAAGCGCGAGGGCCCGAACCGCUCCGACCGGAAGAAAGACAAUAGAACACAGGGCCGCCGACGCUCUCCAUGUGUCAUCCUUUGA